AUAAGCGCACUUUUGGCGUUACCCAACACGGCCACUUUGUUGAUACGUGAUUACGUGAAUUAUUUUGCGAAUUAAACGAUACAAGUUAGCCACCCACUAAGUUCAACAUGUUCUCGCCCUCACGUGCCCUGCGCCCGGCCCUGAGCCGCUGCUACAGCCAGAUCAAGGGCGGACCAGUUUCCGGCGGCGGCCGACCCAGCGCCCCAGGAUCUUCAGCUGGAGCCCCAUCCUCGCCAGCCGUCGUGGGACUGACAAGCAACUGCGUGAAGCCCACCACUGGACCCGUAGGACCAGGUGCCUCCGCCACCGGUGGCUACAAGGUGCCCGAAUACUACAGCUUCAAUCGCUUCAGCUACGCCGAAGCGGAGGUGGAGAUGGCCAAGUACCGCUGCCCACAGCCCUCGGCCCUCAAGUAGAUCGAUGGGAGUGUAACCGAAUUGUUUAUGUUAAAUAAAAAUGCCUAUUAAAAAGAAAUGCCUAUUGAGAAAUA